AAAUACUGAUGCAACCCUCAGGAUCCUCUCAUCUGGCAUCAGUCAUGGAGGAUCUGUAUGAGGGUCUGCCACAAGUUGCAGUUGAAGAUGGCAGAGUGUCCAGGUUAUUAGGAUCCAACUUUUGUUAUGGAGGUUUUGCAAAGCCGGAGUACAUGGUAACAACAAUGUUAACAUCUCCACCUUGGUUGUCAGCUCGUCUUCUUUUAUCCUGUCCCCAAUCAGAUGACAUGAAAGGUGUCUUUGGAGAGCCCACAGAUUUAGAAACGUCAGAUCUGGAAUCCAUAUACUCUGCUCUCUUUGACUACCAUCAAGUGAAGAGGCAAUACACUUUUCAUUCUGAAGCUUUGAGAAACCUGAGUCAAUUUUUUGAAGAAGAGUGGUCAACUGUGCUGAAUCAACUGGACCAGAAUGAGCACGAAGGCAUCAUUGGAAAAUCCAUGGGCCAAAUAGUUCGCCUGUGUGGAUUACUUAAAGCUUUUGAGAAUGCUAUACUCUGUGCAAGGGCUAAAGAAGAGGAAAAGGAGGAUUUUGAAUGGGACUGGACCAUUGGAGCAGACAUUGUAAAAUGUGGAAUCGUACUAGGUAAGUAUUUCAUAGAGGAGAAACUGGCCAUGACUUUUAUGGUCAGUACAGGUUUCUUCAAUCAUUCAUCAGACAUGGACGGCACUGUGAAUGGCACUAAUGAAAGUGCAACAACACUUCCACAAACUGCCAUUCAGGAGAAUCAUUUCAAACCUAGCUUAUUUCCAAACAUUCAUCCAUCUACAUCAGCCAUAUCUGAUUCAGGACCAUUAAACACAGAUUCUGGAAGUCCAAGGCAAGGGUUACAGACCAGGUCCUCUUCUUUUAGUCUGGCUAAGCAGCCAGGAGAUGUUGACUUUAGUAACCUACCACAUGCACUGACAACUGCAGAAGAAGAUGUCAGUGAAAUGAUGCAAGCAGUAGAUUUUGUUCACCUUAACAAGACCCAAUUUGUUGCUGUUCACGGAAGGAGAAUCAAAAGACUUCUUGAGUGUUAUGAUGAUGGCCAUGGUGUGUCUGCUACCACUGCAGCUCAGAAAUCUAUAACUCCUCCUGUACGUAUUGAAGGGACAAACAAUCACCACCCAGCAUGGGCCAGUGCCUUAUUCUUCCAAAAAGUUGCUGAUUUAGAGCUAGGCAUUGCAGAACAGGGCAGACAUCCAACAAAUAGAAAAAUCUGCUGGAGGUUCAAAAGGAAACCCAUCAGUCAGCUACAGGAGAAAGAUUUCCAGCUAUUGCAAUAUCUUCGUGUUGAAAUGGACAAAUAUUCUCAGUUUGGAUCAGCUUCCUUCAACCCGAGUGUUAUGGUCAAUUCUGGUCUUCUAACUGUUCCACAAAAUAGCAGUCCGAAUUCCCAAACUCCAGGUAUUUCUAGUCCACGAAUGGAUGAUGACUCAAAUAGUCAAAACAGCACAAUCAAUAUUAAAAGUGAGAUUUACUGAUUGGUUUCUAUUAUUAGUGAUAUACAGAUUAUGUCGGAUUUAGAAUUCUUUUACAGAUCAUCAGUCUUGGUAAGUUUCUUUGACUUAAAUCAAGGGUGGUGGUGCGACCAUCAUGAUAACAGGAGCAAUAACCUUUAUUACUGCUACUAGUUCUUAUUAUUACUUAAUCUAAAAGACUCUGCAGCCUAACAAAUCUUGCUUCACAAUUUUUGUGCUUUUUUAACAUUCUUUUCAGAGACGAAAAUCAUUGCAGUCUCCUAAUAGACUAUCGUAAAUUGAUAUAUUUUUCUCAAAAGCUUUUGUCAUUUAGUUCCAUCCAAUGCUACCUGGUGUUGGUCUAUAUAUUUUGCUGAGGACUUUGUAUUUUUGUUACUAUCCAAGCUUCACUAGUUUUCAUUGCAAUAGUUUUUUUUUGUUUUAUAAAUAAUUGUCUAGAACUUUUGAUGCUGUUGCUUCUCAGCAUUCUUGAAUUAUGUCUUGCUGCCUGCAGAUAUUCUUGCCUUCACAUCUAGUAACAAUUCAUUAUUUCAGUCUAUUAAGGUCCUUGAAUAUUUAAAUUAAUUUAGUGUUUCAAAUGUAUAACAUGAUUUUAAUUCUUUCUUGUUUUUUUUUUAAACUUGUUGCUUUCUGUCUAGUAGGUAGUUAGGCCUAUAUCAUUAUAAAUUUAUUAAAAUAAAUUUUACUCUUUCUAUAAGUAUUAUAAUUUGUUAUAAGUUAUGUUACUAAAAGUAAAAAUAAAAUAAAAGUACAUUGUAUUAUAAUUUUUCAUGUGUCAGACAUUUGUGCAAACAACUUGAAAUAUGAUGUAUUAAAUAAAGUCCUUUUUUGUUGUUUUUAUAAUAACAUUUUUAUUGUGAUUUUGGAAUAGUAUCAAAUGUAUUUUCUUUUUGUAAUUGAAAAAACAUAACAUAGUUUUAUUACUGUGUAUUUUAUAUUAAACAAAUAACAUGCAAUAGAUGUGUGGAUUACUAAAUAUUAUAUGCAUGGAUAGUUUCAGAGACUAUAGUAGGAGUAAAUAAAUACUUGGAUGCUUGGGGGCCCUAUUAGGGGAAAAACUGACAAAAGUUUUGUGUGGUCUACCUGCCCAAAUGUGAUAUUUUAAUCAGAAAAACUAGAACAUUUAAAGAAAAUCUGAUUUUACCAUAAUACAUAGCUUUCUCAAUGGUUACUUUUUGUCUUCUGAAACCAUUUUGUUUGAAAGGACAUAUAGUACAUUGGCAUAACAAGAUACCAGUGGGCCCGGGUUUGAGAAUAUCUUGUUGGCCCCCCACCAUUAAGACGAAUGUAGUUUUGUGACAAAACAAUUGAGUAAUCUGAAUGUAUUGGCAUAUUUACCAAAAGACAUUUCAAUACAAGUAGUGUAGUCUUUUUUUUUAAUAAGUAGGCCUAAUUACCCUUUACGUUUGAUUCACUUAGGACUCCAAUAAUUAACAGUGUCUUUAAAGUUGUUUGUACAAUUUCUUAACAGAAUCAAACAACUUAAAGGGGUUUGAAAUGAAUACAAAAAAUGUUGUAUGAGUUCUAUUUCCCAUUAUACACAGUUAAAUUCGGAAAACACUUGUAGAUGUAAAACUAUUAAACAUUGAUACAGGCUAACAUCUUAUUCUAUGUCCAUUAUUUAACAGUAAAGAGAUCUAACAUUUAUUUACUAACAUUUUUCUGGCCCUCUGAGUAGAAAAGUCAGUAACUAGUGAAUCUAUUUCGAAGCUUUUGUCUGUUUCAUCAAAUAGCCUUUUAAUUGUCUGCAAUCGUGUAGUAGAGGAAAUCAAAAACUAUAUCAACAGCUCAAGAUCCAGCUACUUCAGCAGCCUCAAUAUUUACACUCUAAACAUUCAUUCUCCAAUGAUAUACUUCAUUCUAAUCUUCUUCAGAUGACUUUCUGCUGGAUCUAGAACUUUCCAACAUGUUUAACAUACUGUUGAUUGCGCUUACAAUUUUGUACUGGACAAUAAGCAGAACAAUGUUAUUGAAUGUUUCUUAUUUUCAUCAAUAGUGCUGCAGCUGGUUAUUGACAGUUCAUUAUUUAUUAAAGAAAGCAUGAAAGUCAGUUAGUCCUCUGACUUUUUAAAAAAUAUUUAUUUCUAAAUAUCAAUGAAAGCUUUUUUUUUUUUUUGUAAAUUGUAUUUUAAACAAAGCAAAAAGAAACAAAUUGAUCUUUGGAAAAAAAAAAGAAUAAUUAGCAGCUGUGUUGAAAUUUUUAUUAGUGACCAUCAGGACUAUCCCUAUAGACCUAAUUGUUAUUGUCUCCCUCCCCUUUCCUUUUUUUCUGAACAACACAUACCACAUUUUCUUAACCAAACUCUCCCCCUCCAUUCCUGCAAUACUAUUAAUGGUUUUGUGAAUAUACAGGACAAAAAAAGAAUGGAACAAUCUGGCAACAAUUGUCACCUUAAAUAAUGAUCAGGGCUAGACACCUUUACAAUAAACCUGACGGAAAGCCGCUGGUACACUGACUCUGCAUUAAAAUGCGGAUUUAUGUUUUAAAAUGAAUAUAAAGUUUCAGUAUAAGGUUUAAUACAUUUUGAGGGAGCUAUUUAGAUAAUAUUUUUGAAAUCGGUUCUUACUAAAGUUUUAUUAUUGUUUUCACAUUGGUGUCAUCCCUUCAAGUGGGUCCCAACAGGUCAUGAAUCAUGGCCCAAAGCGCAAUGAGCCCGGUUGUGCCAUUUUUGCUAUGCCACAGGCCCCUAUUGGUCGUGGGCCUGAGUUCAUUGAACCCCUUCAUGCCAUGGAUGCUACGCCACUGGAUAUUGCAGUAAAAUUAGUAUAGAGUACCAUAGAUAUUGGUAAUUAUGUUAAUUGGAUAUUUUUUAAGUAACAUUUAUAACUGGGGACUUAUAUGUUAAAAUAUUUUUUUAAGAAAAAUAUAUAUCAAUUAUAUAUAAAAUGUAUAUAUUUUGUGGUGUAUAAGCCUCUCAUAAUUAUUUUGAGUCCUUAUGAAUGCUCUGUGACAUGACAAGUGUGUGAGCUUGUUAGUUGUUUUGGUGACCAAAUGAUAUGAUGUUGAUUGAAACAAUGUACAUUAUGGAACUUACAUGUAAAACUUCUUACACUGUUGACAAGAUGUAAAAAAGAAAUGAGUUUGUAUAUAUUGUUUAAUAGUUUUUACAAAAAAUUUUUUCAUUUUCUAAAAUAAAAACUAAAUGUUAUUGUUCCUUUUUUAUUCACUAUGUCAUUCUGUAAUUUCAGGAUAAAAUAAACCUCUGAAAUAAAUGUCAUUUACUUCUUACAA